GGAGUCCAGAGACAGAGCAGCAUGACUUCUGAGAAAGGUCCUUCAACUGGUGAUGCUACUCUGAGGAGGAGAAUUGAACCCUGGGAAUUUGAAGUCUUCUUUGACCCUGGAAAACUUCGCAAAGAGACCUGUAUGUUCUAUGAAAUCAAGUGGGGCACGAGCCACAAGAUCUGGAGAAACUCCAGCAAAAACACCACCAAUCAUGUUGAAGUGAAUUUUAUAGAAAAAUUUACUGCGGAAAGACAUUUUUGCCCAUCCAUCAGCUGUUCCAUCACCUGGUUCUUGUCCUGGAGUCCUUGUUGGGAAUGUUCCAAGGCUAUCAGAGAAUUUUUGAGUCAACAUCCUAAUAUGAUUCUGGUUAUUUAUACAGCACGGCUUUUUCAGCACAUGGAUCAGCAAAAUCGUCAAGGACUUAGGGACCUCAUUAACAGUGGUGUAACUGUCCAGAUUAUGACAGUCUCAGAAUAUUGUUACUGCUGGAGGAAUUUUGUCAACUACCCACCUAAGGAAGAAACUCACUGGCCCAAAUACCAGCCUCUCUUGAUGAUGCUCUAUGCACUGGAACUCCACUGCAUCAUUCUAAGUCUUCCACCUUGCUUAAAGAUUUCCAGAAGAUGUCAAAAGCAGCUUACAUUUUUCAGCCUUACUCUUCAAAAUUGCCAUUACCAGACGAUUCCACCCCAUAUCCUUUUAUCUACAGGGCUGAUACAGCCUUCUGUGACUUGGAGAUGAAUAAGUUAUUCCUGUAUGUACUGUUUUAAGAACAAGCGGGGCUGGGGAUGUGGCUCAAGCGGUAACAAAUUCGCCUGGCAUG